UUUUUUUCUCUCUCUCUCUCUCUCUCUCCGGUCACUCCUCGCCUCAUCUUCUCCUCGCUCUCCUCUUCUUCGCAUGUUCCAGAAGCAUCUUCCAUUUUCGGAUCUCUUCUUCUUCCUUCUUCUCUCUUUUCCCUUUCUUCUCUUCUUCUCCUUCUUUUCUGAUUAUUCCCCUGCUUCUAUCUUCCUUCUCGGCCGAACAAAGAGAAAAUGAGAUCGUGAGACCGAGGGAGAGAAAUACAGAGAAAGAUCGAGAGAGAGUUGGGAGUUGGAGAUCGAGGGAAAUCGAGAACACAUGUAAGAACCAAGAUAUUUUGAGAAGGAGAGACCCGAGUCGUCCAUGGGUCAUGGAGAGACUCGUUGGCCGGAGCAGAAAGGGAGACGGAGGAAACUGAGAGAGAGAACCUGUGAAAAUGAACCCGAUAGAGGAUGAUCGUAGAGCUGGGUUCAGCGGGUCAAGCCGAUCGCCGGUGGGUCGACUCCGAUGGAGCCUGAGACGCGACUUCCGGUAGUUGGAACCUGAUUUAUGAUGUCUAAUGGGGGAUUUUUUCAGUGAAAAUUGAGUGGACAUGGUUGUGGUGAUUCCCUAUUUCCAGAGAUAGUGGGGCUUCCGAUUGAGCAGAUGGCCGUUGAUGCGAACGAGGGGCUACAGUGCUGCCAUCCCGGAUUGGCCGUCUAGGUGAUCAAUAUCUGACACACACACAGAGAGAGAGAGAGAGAGAUAGGAAAUGGACGGUGAAAUCGCGAACGUCAUCAAGGUAUGGAUCACAGUCAUUGCAUCUCUCUGUUAUUGUUACUACGUAGUUGCACGAAUCCGGCCAGGCAUGACGCGGCUUCUCUCUCUUCUGCCCAUCUUUUACCUCUUCAUAAUCCUCCCCUUGAACCUCAACUCCAUCCAUAUUGGCGGCCUUACAAUCUUCUUCCUAGUUUGGCUUGGCAACUUCAAGCUCCUCCUCUUCGCCUUCGAUCAAGGCCCUCUAACGCCACUCCCGCCGAAGCUCUUUCACUUCAUCUCCAUAGCUUCCCUUCCCAUCAAGAUCAAUCAAAACCCAUCUCCCCAAAAAGCCACAAAAGUUCCCAGAUCCAUUUUGUUACUUAUAAAAGCCUUGCUUCUUGCUCUGAUAAUCCGAUCAUAUGAAAACAGACCAAAUAUGCACCCAUACGCUGUGUUUGCUCUCUAUUGUUUACAUCUCUACCUUGGUGUCGAGAUCGGGCUAGCCCUGUCUGCUGCUCCGGCUCGAGCCUUUGGGUUUGAGCUCGAGCCACAGUUUCACGAGCCCUAUCUUGCUACCUCGCUACAAGACUUCUGGGGGCGGAGGUGGAACCUCAUGGUAACUAGUAUUCUACGCCCGUCCGUAUACAAACCUGCACGCCAUAUCUCUACGCACGUUGUUGGGCCACGCUGGGCCCCACUGCCAGCGGUGAUCGCGGUCUUCUUGGUCUCCGGUAUAAUGCACGAACUGAUUUUUUAUUACUUCACUCGUGCUUAUCCCACGUGGGAGGUCACGUGGUUCUUUGUCCUACAAGGCGUGUGCGUGGCCAUUGAGAUCGUGGUGAAGAAGGCUGUAACCGACAGGUGGCAGUUGCAUCAGGCCGUUUCGGGGCCGUUGACGGUCGGGUUCGUGGCGGUGACUGGCGUUUGGCUGUUCUUCCCACAAAUAAUUAGGAAUGGUGUGCAUGAGAAAGCCAUUCAGGAAUACCCAAUUAUGGUUGAUUUUGUCAAAGCCAACCUACUCUUUCUUUCAUAAGUAGUAACUUGUUAUUCUUUAAACAUUAAUGAUAUUAAUCAUCACUUUUAACUCAUUUUUAUUUUACUAUGAUAACAUAUUAGAUUUAUAUUUUUUUCUUUUUGUAAGAAGGGUUGUACCAAAUAUUAUUAUACCCUGUAAUCGGACAAAAGUGAGAUAUUUGUAAGGUA